AAAGAUGGAGGCUGCUGGCUUCCUGGUGAUGCUUGCCAUUUUGUUGGUUUCAUCGUCAUCAUUUUCUUAUGCUUAUGAUAACAAUCCUUUACAGGAUUUCUGCGUUGCCGUGCCCGAUACGUCAGCAGCUGUGUUUGUGAAUGGAAAGAUCUGCAAGAACCCAAAACAGGUAACAACUGACGAUUUCCUCGCUACGGGCUUCAACAAUCCAGCAAGUACCAACAAUUCCUUAGGAUUUGGGGUAAAGGUGGCUGAUGUUAAUCUAAUACCCGGCCUCAACACUCUCGGUCUCACUGUACUUCGUGUUGACUUUGAGCCAGAUGGUGUUGUUCCUCCUCACACACAUCCUCGUGCUACUGAGGUCAUCGUGGUAUUGGAGGGUACAAUCUAUGCUGGUUUUGUCACCUCCAAUCCAACUGAUAACACAAAAAAUAAGUUGUUCGCUAAGAUUUUGAAACCUGGAGAUGUCUUUGUCUUCCCAAUUGGCCUAGUUCAUUUUCAAAGAAAUGUGGGGGAAACAAAGGGCAAGGGAAUUGUGGCCUUUAAUAGCCAAAAUCCCGGUGUCAUCACAAUUGGAAAUGCAGUUUUUGGGACAGACCCGCAUAUUGCUCCUGAAGUCCUCACUAAAUCAUUUCAGCUGGACAAGAAAGUAAUCGAGUACCUCCGGUCGAAGUUCUAGAGGAACCAAUUUUUUUUUCAUCGUAUGAGGGUAAUCCUUUGUCUUCUUCCCCAUUCAAAAUAGACUGAUGUUGGAUAUGUCUAUGUUGUAAACUUUUCUUUAUACUUUAACUUUCGUAUCGCUGCAUACAUUUUUCUUAGAUUAUUU